UAUGAGUGACGAAAAUUCUGAAGAAAAGAGAGUUUUAACUCUUGACGAAAAUAUAGAUGAACUGAAUUUUUUGCUGCCACAUCAAGCAGCGCAAAAUACAGAAAUGUAUAACGAAAUUACACCACCAAUACCGGAACAGGAGCAGCAGCAACUUGACGAAAAUAUAGAUGAGCUAAAUUUUUUGCUGCCACAUCAAGCAGUACAAAAUACAGAAAUGCAGAGUGGAAUUACGCCACAGCAGACACAAAAUAGGCGACGAUUAGGAAACAUAGUGGUGUCAUCAUCUCCAGCAGUUCAGCAAAACAGGCAACAACUGGGGGACAUACUGCUUCCACCACCUCAAGCACUUCAGCAAAACAGUCAAGGAAUUCUACAACAGCAACAACAAACAAUAUUGGGAUUACAGUCCUCAACAGAUCUAAGCGAUGAAGACUCAAUAUACGAUAGCUCUGACAUCUUUAGCGAUUUUUUUAUUAAUUCUCAGGCGAAUGAGAAUAUGGACGAUAGCUUUGACAUCUCAAAUGCACCUCCAAAUGAUAAUGAUAAUGUGGAUGAUCUUUUUGGUAAGAGUUAA